AUGACGCCUACGCCGAGUCAGCUCAACGCACAGCACUGCCGCAACUUUAUUCCCAAGCUUCAUACGACACCCUAUCCAGAUAUAGACCCGUCAAGUGUAAAACUGCCUUCUCCGUUUGUUGUUUGCAUAAUCGGCGGGCGGGGUGCAGCAGGUGGUGGACUAGCUCGAGCAUACGCCCAGGCCGGGGCAUCGGGUCUCAUCCUGGCUGCUCGCACACGUUCGGGUCUUGAGGAAACAGCCAACCAAGCACGCUCAAUCAGCUCGACGAUCAAAGUCGUCAUCUCAGAAUGCGACAUCACCAUCGAGGGAAACAUUGCUUCGGUCGCACAGACUGUCAUGUCUGAAUUUGACGGGCACCUUGAUAUUGUUGUGGUAAACUCUGGCUAUUCGGGCCCGAUGAUACUUGAUAUUGCGAAAGAGUCGCCGGAGGAUUACCGAACUGCGUUUGAUGUCCACGCGAUUGGCCUCUUCUACGCGGCACAUCAUCUGCUCCCUUUGCUUGAGGCCACACAGUCGCCCGCCAUGUCUUUUAUCGCGAUCAGCUCUAUGGCUACGCCCACUGUUGGUGGGAUGAGCGGUCACGCCCAUUAUUGUUGUGCACCCCGGGGCAUGAAUAGCGGAUUCAUCCAGAAUGAUGUGCCUGAAGAUAUCAGGAAGAUGCUAAACGAUAGCCCCGAUCUGGUUGGGGCAUUUUGCGUUUGGUUGUCGACUCCCGGCUCUUCUGAAAAACAACGAAAGGCCCUCAACGGUCGCUUCCUCUCUUGCAAAUGGGAUGUGUCCGAACUCAAGGAUCGAUUCGAUGAAAUUCUGAAGAAAGACUUGCUGAGAUUCCGGAUUGCUGUGGAUUGA